UGAGCAUGACGUUGGUGGCUGAAUCUCGUUUUUUUGGGUAAAAUCCGCCAUUAGUUUGUCUGAGAGAGACUCCGUGUUUGUGAAAACAUUUGUUAUAUCUGAAAGGUAGUCUUGAGAAAACCACGUCUCUUAGAUUCAAGUAGAAACAUGCAGUUUUGGAGUUCAGUCAGAUGACAUUUUGUAUAGAGCACAGAGCGGAUAUAAUUUGCUUCCCAUAAAUCUAGGGUGUACGUGUUGAGAGAUUAUUCGAAAGGAGCAUUACACCUAAUUGGACUACGAGGGAUAUAUAUUUUCUGGUUUUACGUGGGAUUUGCACAUCACACAUUAUUUAUGGUGUCCUUCCUUAUUCUUCAUCAUUACGCAGAAGAUAAUUUGGAGGAGUGAAAUACAGUCUUCAGGAUUUGGCCUUUCAUAAACAAGAAAUCCGGUGUUUGAAGAGGAAUGUCUGAGGGAGACGGAAAGUCUGUUCUGGUUCCUGGUUCAGAGGUGAAGCCAGAGUCUGUGUCUGCAGUCCCCGGAGUUUCGCCCAUGUCACCUCCAGUCACAGCAGUGGCCCAGGCCCCCCCAGCAACAGAGGAUGAGGAGGAGGAGGAGGAAAGUGAAGAUGAGUCUGAGAUCCUCGAGGAGAGUCCUUGUGGGCGCUGGCAAAAACGGAGAGAGGAGGUUAACCAGAGGAAUGUCCCAGGGAUUGACAGUGCCUACUUGGCAAUGGACACAGAGGAGGGAGUGGAGGUUGUGUGGAAUGAGGUUCAGUUCUCUGAGAGGAAAAACUUCAAACUACAGGAGGAGAAGGUUAAAGCUGUUUUUGACAACUUGAUCCAACUGGAGCACCUGAACAUUGUAAAAUUCCAUAAGUACUGGGCAGACGUGAAGGAAAAUAGAGCCAGAGUAAUUUUCAUUACGGAGUACAUGUCAUCCGGAAGCUUGAAGCAGUUCUUAAAGAAGACAAAAAAAAAUCACAAAACCAUGAAUGAGAAGGCAUGGAAAAGGUGGUGUACCCAGAUAUUAUCUGCCCUCAGCUACCUCCACUCUUGUGAUCCUCCCAUCAUCCAUGGCAACUUGACAUGUGACACCAUCUUCAUCCAGCACAACGGGCUCAUCAAAAUUGGAUCAGUUGCGCCUGACACCAUCAAUAACCACGUGAAAACAUGUCGAGAGGAGCAGAAGAACUUGCACUUUUUUGCACCAGAGUAUGGAGCUGUGACAGAUGUUACGACUGCCGUUGAUAUCUACUCCUUUGGAAUGUGUGCACUAGAGAUGGCUGUGCUUGAAAUCCAGGGCAAUGGAGAGUCUUCCUAUGUACCGCAGGAAGCUAUAAACAAUGCCAUUCAAUCUUUGGAGGAUCCUUUACAAAGAGAGUUCAUUCAGAAGUGUUUGGAGCUAGAUGCUGUUAAACGGCCCACAGCUCGGGAGCUGCUGUUCCACCAGGCCCUCUUUGAAGUACCAUUGUUGAAGCUGUUGGCAGCACAUUGCAUUGUCAGCCAUCAGCAUAUGAUUCCUGAAAACGCUUUAGAAGAGAUUACCAAAAACAUGGACCCCAACCUGGUAAUAGUUGAGAGUACGGAGGGGGUACAACUUAAGCUUUCACAGUUUCCAGCCCUUGAACUAGAUAAGUUUCUAGAAGAUGUAAGAAAUGGUAUCUACCCCCUAACUGCGUUUGGGAUUCCCUGUCCCCAGCAGCCACAGCAGGAGGCAGUGAAAUCUCCAAUUGUACCGCCGUCUGUGAAAACUCCAACACCAGAACCAGCUGAGGUGGAAGUGAGAAAGGUUGUUCAGAUGCAGUGCAAUAUUGAGCCAGUCGACGAAGGAGCAAAACAUCAUUUGACAUUACUUUUGAAACUGGAGGACAAGUUAAACAGGCAUCUGAGCUGUGAUUUAUUGCCUAAUGAGAAUGUUCAAGAGUUGGCUUCUGAGCUCGUUCAGCUGGGAUUCAUCAGUGAGGCGGACCAAAUUCGUCUCACCUCCGUGCUUGAAGAGGCAUUCACCAAGUUUUACAACCGAAAUGGAUCCCUCAAUGCUAUCACCGUGUCUUCAUAACAACCAUUUGGGUUGUUGGGCAUCACCACAGCUCUGUUAUCAACCAUUAUCCUUUUAUGACCAUUCACAGGAGGAGAAAUUGCAUCACAGAAAGAUGAUUUAAAAAAUAAAUAAAAAAAAAUAAAAAAAAUACAAUGAAA